AAUUAGCGUAGCGCUUGCUGAGCGGCGGCGGCAACCGACGUACACAAGGGGCUGGAGCGUUCUGUGGAGAAAGUGCGAGGUCAGGCCAUGAACUUGGGAGAUGGUUUAAAGCUUGAAACUGAAUUACUGGAUGGAAAAACCAAGCUAAUAUUGUCUCCAUAUGAACGUAAAUCAAAAAUUUCUGUGAAGAUGGGAAAUAAGACCAAGAUUGCAAAAUGUCCUUUAAGAACAAAAACUGGGCACAUUCUAAAAUCAACACAAGAUACUUGUAUAGGAAGUGAAAAACUUUUGCAAAAGAAGACAGUUGGUUCAGAAACAUCACAGGCAAAAGGUGAAAAAAAUGGAAUGACUUUUUCAUCCAUUAAGGAUUUAUGUAAACAAUGUGUAGAUAAAGACUGUCUUCAUAUCCAGAAAGAGAUUUCACCUGCAACCCCUAAUAUACAGAAGACUAGAAACACCGUAAAUACAUCUCUAGUAGCUAAACAGAAGCCUCACAAAAAACACAUCACAGCUGAAAACAUGAAGAGCAGUUUGGUGUGUCUAACACAAGACCAACUACAACAGAUUUUGAUGACUGUAAGCCAAGGAAAUAGAUCUCUUUCCCUGACUGAGAAUGGAAAGGAGGCAAAAAGUCAAUAUAGUCUACAUUUAAACAGUAUCUCUAAUCAGCCAAAGGAUGAGAAUAUUAUGGGAUUAUUCAAAAAAACUGAAAUGGUUUCAUCUGUCCCAGCUGAAAGUAAAUCUGUCUUAAAUGAACAUCAGGAUACAUCUAAGCAGUGUGAGCAAAAAAUUGCCAUAGAGAAUGAAUGGAAACCAGCUGAUAUAUUCAGUACUCUGGGGGAAAGGGAACGUGAUAGAAGUUCGUUGGAAGCAAAAAAAGCCCAGUGGAGGAAAGAGCUAGAUGAACAGGUUGCUCUAAAGAAGAAAGAAAAAGAAGUUUCUGAAAAAUGGAAUGAUCCUUGGAAAAAAUCUGAAAGUGAUAAAAUAAUAUGGGAAAAACUUCAAAUUCUUGACCAAUCUAGGGAAACAGUACUGCUGGAGCACCCUUUCAGUGCUGUGAAACAAGAACUGCAGAGAAAAUGGAUUGAAGAGUUGAAUAAGCAAAUAGAAGAUGACCGUCAAAGAAAAAUAGAGGAAAAAAUUAUAUAUUCAAAGGGUGAGGAACAUGACAGAUGGGCAAUGCACUUUGAUUCAUUAAAGAGUUAUCCUGGUUCUCAAUCUCAACUGUCCUCUCGGUCAACACACAAACAACCUGAGUACUUCUGUGUGUCUCCUGACACUCAGGAGCUGGCUGAUGUCAGCAGUGUUUGUACACCUACAACUGGAAGCCAGGUUGAACCUUCAGAGGUGGAGCAUAGAGCAAAACCUAUUAAGGAUGUGGUUAUGGCAAACAGUAAGAAAACAAACUUUUUCCGUUCCAUGACUGCUCUCUUGGACCCAGCUCAGAUUGAGGAACGAGACAGACGACGACAAAAACAAUUAGAGCAUCAGAAAGCCAUCACUGCCCAGGUAGAAGAGAAGCGCAGGAAGAAACAACUGGAGGAAGAGCAAAGAAAGAAGGAAGAAGAAGAAGAGGAGCUUCGCUUAGCACAGGAACGUGAAGAGAUGCAGAAACAGUAUGAAGAAGACAUACUUAAGCAAAAACAAAAGGAAGAAAUCAUGACUGUCAAGACAAAUGAGCUAUUCCAGACAAUGCAGCGAGCGCAGGAACUGGCACAGAGACUAAAACAAGAACAGAGAAUCCGAGAAUUGGCGCAAAAGGGACAUGACACUUCUAGAUUGAUUAAAAAUCUUGGUGUUGAUACAAUACAAAUGGAAUAUAACGCAUCUACUAACAUUUCAAGACAUGAUUCUGGUGAAGUCAGCGGUAAAAUGAAUACAUACACGAAUUAUACAACUUCUAAGAAGGAUACUGGUGUGCAAACAGAUGACUUAAAUAUAGGAAUAUUCACCAAUGCAGAAUCACAUUGUGGAUCAUUAAUGGAGAGGGACAUCACAAAUUGUUCAUCUCCUGAGAUUUCGGCAGAACUUAUUGGACAGUUUAGCACCAAGAAAAACAAGCAAGAACUAACUCAGGAUAAAGGAGCCAGCUUAGAAAAAGAAAACAAUCGGUAUAAUGAUCAGUGUAAUCAGUUCACAAGAAUAGAGAAACAAACAAAACACAUGAAGAAAUAUCCUAAAAGGCCUGAUUGGAAUAUAAAUAAGCCACCUAAAAGGUAUAUUCCAGCAUCAGAAAAGUACCCUAAACAGCUUCAAAAGCAAAGAGAAGAAAAAAAAGUAAGGAGGCAGAUGGAGUUGCUUCAUUUGGUAGAAAAAAACAAUCCUGGGCACCUCUCUCAAAACAGAGGCAUUUCACCAGAAAUUUUUCAUUCAUCUCAUCAAGAAACUGAGUCAAAGUUCAGGUGGCAUCUAGUCAAAAAGGAAGAAGAGCCUCUGAAUAUUCAUUCAUUCAGCAAGGAAAGGUCUCCAUCACCACCAGUUCCAGCAGUGAAAAACAGAACUCAACAAACUCAAAAUACAUUACACUUACCACUAAAAAACAGUAGCUAUGAGAGAGAGAAUUUGAUUUCAGGAGGUAAUCAAACAAAAUUAUCACCUGGAAUUUCUGAAUCAUCCCAUUUUAUUCCCUAUGUUCGAACAAAUGAGAUCUAUUACCUUGAUCCCGAUGCACCAUUGUCUCAGCCUUCAACCCAGGACCCUCAGUACCAAAAUUCACAAGACUGUGGCCAAGAACGACAGCUAUUUGAUUCUGACUGUGUCAGUGAUCCACUUCUUAAUCCUAACAUGGUGAAAAAUAGGGAUCGACAGCAAGCAAUCCUUAAGGGACUUUCAGAACUGAGACAGGGCCUUCUCCAGAAGCAAAAGGAGUUGGAAAGUAGUCUCCUGCCUUUAGCUGAAAAUCAAGAAGAUAAUUUUGGUUCUUCAUUUUAAAUGUAGAAAAUCAAAUCAUUCGCAUUUGAUUUGUGUCUUCCAAAUUAUAAAAUGUGCUCACUGGCUCAACGGUAUUUUUCAAAUAACCUAGAUUUUAUUUUUUUAAAUGCUCAUUAAAAACUUGUAUACUAUGUAGUAAAAUGCUGUACUUGUUCUAUACAAUAAAACAUACUUUUGUAAAAGCUUAGUAGUAAAAAAAA